CUGAGGGUUGGCAGGGUGGAGCCAGAAAGAAAUUGUGGGUGUACAUAAACUUACAUAAUGAAUCAACAACCUCUUUGUUUUGAUUGUAAUGUAUUGUAAUAAAAUGUAAUAAGUUUUUUUGUUUUUGUUUUCUUUCAGCUUUGGCAGAAAAGUUUGCAGAUGUUUUCUUCUUGGUGGACAGUGGCAUAGCUCAAGGACAAUUCGCUGAUUUUAAGUCUGACCUUAACCAAUUGAUCACUGAUCUGGAUGUUGGAUCGUCCACCAACCGUAUCGGUUUGGCCCAGUAUGGCCAACAAACCACUGUUGAAUUCCUUCUCAAUGCACAUCCAAAUAGACCGAAGACCCUGGCUGCUGUCAAACGUUUCCGCCUGCGCCCACAACCCAAUCGGCCACGUAACCUGGGGGCUGCUCUGGCCUACGCCAAAGCUCAAUUUUUCACCAGUGAGGCGGGAGGCCGGGCACACAAAGGCUACCGACAGUUCUUGGUCGUUGUGAGUGGAAAAGAUUCAGAUGAUAGUGUGUUUAAGGAGGCUUAUGCAAUCAAAUCAGAAGGGACAACGCUUGCUGCAAUGAGCGCAGGUGCAUCAAUGGAUUUUCUACGCUCAUUUGCCAGUGUUGGGUACGCAUAUGAUUCUCCCAGAGUAACUGUUUUAGAAGAUAGCAUCAAGACGGAGAAAAUGGAGACCAAUGUUACAGAAGAUUGCAAAGGAGCCAAACUGGCAGACGUUGUGUUCAUCGUUGAUGAGUCGGGAAGCAUUGGAACCAGCAACUUCCGGAUGGUGCGCACUUUCCUGCACAGGAUUGUGAGCAGCCUGGAUGUCAGUCAGAAAGGAGUCCAUGUGGGCGUUGUUACGUACAGUAGCAUGCCCACAGCACACAUCUACCUUAACACGUUCGAUGACAAGAACGAAAUCCUGCAGUUCCUGAAUAUCCUGCCUUACCAGGGAGGUGGGACAAACACUGGAGCUGCCCUAAACUUCACUCGGGAAGAAAUCUUCACAGAGCAGAAAGGCCGCAGGAAGGGUGUCCAGCAGGUGGCAGUAGUGAUCACCGAUGGUGAAUCCGAUGAUAAUGUUACAGAAGCUGCAGCCAUUCUCCGUCGGGAUGGUGUUACACUUUACGCUGUAGGAAUCGAAAAUGCAAACAAGGCUGAACUAGAGAAGAUGGUGUCCUACCCCUCCCAUAAGCAUGUUUAGUACCGUUUCAGCUUUCCAGAAGAUC